GCUGGCAUGAAGGCAUAUUUGUAAGAUCUACAAGUGUCCAGGCUGGGGAGCGGAAGAGUGAAAACUCCUGUAGAUCAACUGACAUCUGUGACUUUUCCUGAGAUGAGGCAGUAACCUGGCUCAAUGGGCUGCUCAUCUCCUUCGGGCACUGUGGAUUUCUCAUCUCAGAAGGGCCAAGACAGCUUGUUGUUGAAAGUGCCAUCAAACUAAAUUUAACCAUGGGGCAAGCUGUUGUCUCUGGACCGGUAAAUCCAGCUGCAGUUGAAGAAGCAGAUCAUCACCCAGCGGGCCCCGGGAUGGUCAUGGAUGGCCUGGAAUCUGGGGAAAUUACUCCACCCACCAAGAGGAAAAGUAAGUUCUCAGGCUUUGGCAAAAUCUUCAAACCCUGGAAGUGGCGGAAAAAAAAAAGCAGUGACAAGUUCAAAGAAACAUCAGAAGUUCUAGAGCGGAAAAUAUCCAUGCGAAAGCCAAGAGAGGAGCUGGUUAGAAGAGGGCUUCUGUUGGAGGAUCCUGUGCAUGGUGGAGAAGAUUCUGGGAAGUUCAGCCAUACUUCAUUAAAGAAUGGCCAUACCAUUCCUAUCGGGAAUGCUGGGCCUUCUAAUCCUGGCCAGAUGGAGGAGGAGCUAGGAAGGACAUCAAGGUUUAAGAAGCCUCUUCCAGGAGAGGAACCAAAGACGCAGCCAGGCUCAUCCGGAAGCCGACUCAGUUCUGAAUUGGAACCCAUUCCUGAGCCAGCACCCAAGCCGCUUUUACCCCGACCCAAAAGACCCUUGUCAUCUUCUCAGGAAGAAAGUGAUGGGCAAGCAGAUGACGUCGCUGGCGGCAGCACUGCAAGGACCAUUUCCUCCUCCUCCUCCUCCUCCUCCUCCACUUCUUCCUCCUCCUCCACAGCACCUACUGCCAGCACUGCAACCCCAGGCCUAGCAAAGACAGUUAGUUCCUCCAGCACCCCUUCCCCAGCUCCCAGGACUCUGCCUGCUGUUCCUGUCAGCACUAACACGACCGCUACCUUGAAUAUGACCCACACUGCCCCUGCCAAGCAGCCCCCCAUCCCUCCCCCUAAACCAGCUAACAGAAAUAGUAACCCUGUUAUUGCUGAACUUUCACAAGCAAUCAACAGUGGCACAUUGCUAGCAAAACCAUCCCCACCUUUACCACCCAAGAGAGGGAUUCCGCCUCCUCUGAUGCCUUCCUUGGAGUCUGCUGCCACCACGACAAAACCUUCAAAUGGUCAGAGAGAGGGGAUCAGUUCCUCUGCCUCCAAUUCAGUCCAGAUGAUCCCGCCUCCCUCCCCUUCUCCCCCUCUGCCUACUCAUAUACCUCCUGAACCCUCAUGUUCUCCUCCAUUGCCUCCCAAGACUCUUCAAAUGGUGCCAGAAAUUGAGCACCCACCCUCCCUAGAACUACCCCCAGACAUCCCUCAAGUGGAAGAUCAGGUCUUGGAAGUGCCCAAGAGGACGCCUGACCAGGGCUUUGGAGAGUCCCUCUUACCCUCUCGUCUUCCCCCACUACCACUACACAUCCGCAUCCAGCAAGCCCUGACUUCCCCUCUGCCCAUCACCCCGCCACUGGAGGAGUCUCAGAGGGCUCAUUCCUUGCUGUUUGAGAACAGCAAAGGCUUUUCUGAAGACAGUGGUACUCUGGGUCGGACCAGGUCGCUCCCUGUCACCAUUGAAAUGCUUAAAGUUCCAGACGAUGAAGAAGAAGAGGAAGGUGAUCAACCUUGUCCAUCAACUUACAUUGGAGAUGCGGCAUCUACCGCAGUCAUUCCUAAGCUCAUACCGCAGUGUGUGCAGGAGGAGGAAGAGGAAAAGGGGAGUGACUCCGACUCGGAGGGCCCCAUUUUGUAUAGAGAUGAAGAAGAUGAAGACGAAAGCCAACACAGUGCUCUGGCUAACAAAGUGAGGAGGAAAGAUACUCUUGCCAUGAAGUUGAAUAGCAAACCUAGUGAAUCAGACCUGGGCUUAAACUCUUGGCCUCGAAAGAGCAAGGAGGAGUGGAAUGAAAUACGACAUCAGAUUGGGAAUACUUUGAUUAGACGGCUGAGUCAGAGACCGACAGCAGAAGAACUGGAACAAAGGAACAUACUGCAGCCCAAAAAUGAAGCUGACCGGCAAGCAGAAAAACGAGAAAUCAAACGUCGACUGACCAGGAAGCUUAGUCAAAGGCCUACAGUGGCUGAACUCUUAGCCAGGAAAAUCCUGAGAUUUAAUGAGUAUGUAGAGGUAACCGACGCUCAGGACUAUGACCGGCGAGCUGACAAGCCCUGGACAAAAUUAACCCCUGCUGACAAGGCUGCCAUUCGAAAGGAACUCAAUGAGUUUAAAAGUUCAGAGAUGGAAGUUCAUGAAGACAGCAAACAUUUUACACGCUUCCAUCGACCAUGAUGCUGACUUGCGGGGGAGACGCUUAAAGGCCCCCAAAACAGGGCUGCUUUCCUGCUUCAGUCUCUCAAUACAUCGAAGACCCUUUAGUUCUCCCCAAAUGGACUCACCAUAGUUCUAAGGUGGAUGACAUCUCUCUGAAUGUAGCAUUUCACUGGAACAAAUGAGGACCUCUGGGGCCAGACUGAACACUAUAUACCAGUGCUUUUCCACCUUUGUGGACUGCAUCUCACACUUCAAGCAGAGCCCAAAGUUCUUGGGAGGAUUUUCAGAUUGUACAUUUUGCUCCCCCUAAGAAACUGCUGCCCUGUGUGAAUGCACUCUGGUACUGCUAGUAUAAUACCCUGUCCAGCCACAUCCUGGCAAAAUCCCCACUACCAAACCCAGCUGGUGGAGAGGCCGGAGCUGCCAGCACCUGCCUCCUGGGAAAAAGACAUGCUGCCACUCCUCACUCCCUGCCCUUCGUCUAGCUCACCAGUUGCUGGGACAUACAGGGAAGGUCUUCUGGCCUCCUACGAGGAUGUGUCAUUAAUUAAGGCCAGUUGAAAAGCACUGUCUCAUACCUCGCAUAACACAGCAAUAUUCUCUUCAUCGGACAGUUGAGCCUAAAAGGAUGCCCAAGAUCCAUUGACUCCCAUUUUGACACCAAUCAGCCAGGUUCUUUUUUGUAAAUAAUCUUGAAGAAGUGUUGGUUACAUCUA